AACAUUAAUUUUCUCGCCAAAUCUUUACUUAAUACGAGAAAAUCUAACAAACAUUUAAUGCAAGAUUACAUUCAAAGAUUUGCUGCCAUUUUGUGCGGCUCCAUGUGCUGUGUUUUGCUGCUACUUUGCAGCCUAUAUUUCCUUUCAUUUGCUGCCACUUGUGCAGCUUCAUGUGGCUAUGCUUGCUGCUACUUUGCAGCCUCAUUUGCAUUUCAUUUCAGCCUCAUUUCAUCAACAUUUGCAGCUUCGCUUGCUGCACUUUGCCACUCUUGGUGCAGCUCUCCCUUCUUUUCAUUUGUUGCCAUUUUGUGCAGCCUUCCAUUCUUUUCAUUUGCUGCUCUUGAUAAAGUUGGGCAUCAUAUUGUAGAAGUUCCAAAUUUAGAAGGAAUCUUGAAGCUAGUUGUGAAGGAGUGUGGUGGCUUACCACUGGCCAUUGUUGUGAUAAUAGAGAGUAUGAAGGGAGAAGAUGAUGUUAAAGUGUGGAAUAAUGCCCUAAUUGAAUUACGGGAACGGGUAAAGAGUGUGAAUGGUUCAGAUAAAGAGAUAUUUGAGAGGUUAAGAUUUAGUUAUGAUCGGUUGAAUAGUUUUGAAAUCCAAAAUUGUUUUCUUUGUUGCUCCAUGUUUCAUGAAGAUUAUCCAUUUAGAACAAGAGAGUUGAUAGAAGGGUGGAUUGAUGAAGGACUAAUUGAUGGGUUGCCUAUUAGAAAAGCAGCUUAUGAUAGGGGCCAUGCCUUUUUAAGUAGGCUUGUAAAGAAUUGCUUGUUAGAGAAAACUGUUGAUUGGGAAGGUGAUGUUUUUAAGAUGCAUGAUUUAAUGAGAGACAUGGCUAUUAAAAGCAUUGUCCCUGAAUUGGGAUAUAUGGUAAAAGCUGGAAUGAAAUUGACAAAGGUACCAGAUGAGAAUGGGUGGGGAGAAUAUCUCAAAAAGGUGUCUUUAAUGGAGAAUUACAUAUCAAAAGUUCCCCCUGGGUUGUGCCCAGGGUGUCCAACUCUUUCAACUUUGAUAUUGUCAAAUUAUCGUAAUUUGUCAGAGAUCUCAGAAUCCUUCUUUGAAGGGAUGCUUGAACUAAAGGUUCUUGAUCUUUCUCAAACUGGUAUUGAAGCUUUACCUAAUUCCAUCUCAAACUUGGAGAAGCUCUCUUCCUUGAGGUUAAGGUGGUGUUACAAGUUAAGGUAUUUGCCUUCUUUAGCAAAGCUUAGGGCAUUAAAGAAGUUGGGUCUGCACGGUUCCAAUAUUGAGGUGGCCCCUCAAGGCAUGGAGGAAUUGAUUAGUCUGGAAUAUCUUGAUUUAACUUAUUGUUCCAGGCUAAAAGAGAUUCCAAUGAGAAUGUUAUCAAACCUUUCCAAUCUCCAAUACUUGUUAGUUUAUGGAGUAUUGAAGAUAAAAGAAGAAGAGGUUGUGAGAUUGAGCAAGUUGGGGACCUUUGAAGGUGAAUUGGAUGACAGACAAGGCUUUAAUUAUUUUGUCAAGUCUCAAGAUUUUCAAAUUCUUACUAAUUACUUGAUUGUAGUAGGAGGACAAAUCUUUAGUUUGACUGGGCGAAAGGAAAUUGAGGUUUAUAUUAAAAAUUGCGACUUUGGAGAAGAAUGUAUAGUGCUCCCAGAUAACCUUCAGAAUUUGGUGAUCGAGGAGUGUAGAAACAUGAGAAGCAGCUUAAAUAAAGCAGCUUUGUUAGAAAAGGCAACCGAAUUGAGUUUCUAUGGUAUUAGGUAUUGUGAAGAUAUGGAGUGCGUGGUUGACUUGGACUCAUCCUCCUGUCCAGUACUGGAUAAGCUUCAAGAGCUGUUGCUUAGGGAAUUGCCAAAGUUGAGUGUGCUUGUGAGAGUGGAAGGAGUAGCAACACCACCGCACGUCUUUUCCAAUCUUAAAAGGCUUUGCAUUCAGUUUUGUUCAGGAAUGAGAAAGUUGCUUCCACUUGAGCUGCUGCAGGCCUUCCAAAACUUAGAGGAGAUUGAUGUUCAUCGGUGUGAACAAAUGGAGGAGAUAAUAGCAUCAUCAGAUUCAGAUGCAUCAUUGGAUAAAUUCACUUUUCCCAAGUUAAGGAUAUUGGAGUUGACUGUUUUACCCCAAUUGAAGAGCAUCUGCAGUGCCAAAGGAGUUAUGGUUUGUGAUUCUAUUGAACAAAUUGAAGUAUGGGGAUGUCAGGAGUUAAAGGGGAUCCCUUUGCAGCUUCCCCUGCUUGAUAAUGGCCAACCACAUCUUCCUCCUCAUCUCACAGAAAUCAUCAUAGUUGAAGAAUGGUGGGAAACAGUGGAGUGGGAUCAUAAGAUCCUACUUCAACCUUUCUUGAAAUACAUGCGAUGACUGAGGGUUGAAUUGAAGUGAAGAAACGAAUAUGAUCCAGAGGAAGAAAUCGUCAACUUCAUUUCUAGAUUUCUUCAACAUUCCUUCUAUUCUGUAGUAGCAGCACCGACGGAAGGCCAGGAUGAGCUGGAACAUUCCGUUUGUGUGUACCUGACAUGACCAGCUAAGUCAUGUGCGGCCCCAAACAGCACGUGCCAGUAAAAACCUUUUUUCACC